GUUCGUUCCGGAGACGCGGACCGCAGACGGAAGUUACCCUAUAUAAGCCCUGAAGGACCACGCGCCACUCAUCUCGCUUACAACUCCGCACCCACAAAGGCCUUCCGAAACCAUUCCGUAUAUAAACCAAUCUGGUUUCUAGAGAGAGAGAGAGAGAGAGAGGGUUGGGACGAAGAGUGACGACGCCAUGAACGGAUCAUGGAGGAGGCGCGGAUCUCUUAUCGUGCUUUCGAUCGUUUUCCUCGGAUGUCUUUUUGCAAUUUCCAUCGCCAAGGAGGAAGCUGCCAAAUUGGGAACUGUCAUUGGGAUAGACCUUGGCACAACAUAUUCAUGUGUUGGUGUUUACAGAAAUGGUCAUGUGGAGAUUAUAGCUAAUGACCAGGGAAACCGUAUUACCCCAUCAUGGGUUGCUUUCACCGAUAGUGAGAGACUGAUCGGUGAGGCUGCCAAGAAUCAGGCAGCUGUCAACGCUGAAAGGACCAUCUUUGAUGUCAAGAGACUUAUUGGAAGGAAGUUUGAGGACAAAGAAGUACAAAGGGACAUGAAGCUUGUCCCAUACAAGAUUGUGAACAAGGAUGGAAAGCCUUAUAUUCAAGUAAAAAUGAAGGAUGGGGAUAACAAGGUUUUCAGCCCUGAGGAGAUUAGUGCUAUGAUUUUGACUAAGAUGAAGGAGACUGCUGAAGCAUUUCUUGGAAAGAAAAUCAAGGAUGCUGUGGUCACAGUUCCCGCAUACUUCAACGAUGCCCAGAGACAGGCUACAAAGGACGCUGGUGUUAUUGCUGGGCUGAAUGUUGCAAGAAUAAUUAAUGAGCCAACUGCAGCCGCCAUUGCGUAUGGUUUGGACAAGAAAGGUGGUGAGAAGAACAUUCUUGUUUUUGACCUUGGUGGUGGCACAUUUGAUGUCAGCAUCUUAACAAUCGACAAUGGAGUUUUUGAGGUUCUUGCCACAAAUGGGGACACUCAUCUUGGAGGUGAGGAUUUUGAUCAGAGAGUUAUGGAGUAUUUCAUCAAAUUGAUUAAGAAAAAGUACGGGAAGGAUAUUAGCAAGGACAAUAGAGCUCUUGGGAAGCUGAGGAGGGAAGCUGAGCGUGCCAAGAGAGCCUUGAGUAGCCAACACCAGGUCCGUGUGGAGAUUGAAUCACUAUUCGAUGGUGUGGAUUUCUCUGAACCACUGACUCGAGCUCGCUUCGAAGAAUUGAACAAUGACUUGUUCAGAAAGACCAUGGGACCCGUGAAGAAAGCUAUGGAAGAUGCUGGAUUGGAGAAACGCCAGAUUGAUGAGAUUGUUCUUGUUGGCGGUAGCACUAGGAUUCCAAAAGUUCAACAACUCCUCAAGGACUACUUCGAUGGGAAGGAACCCAACAAGGGUGUGAACCCAGAUGAAGCAGUUGCUUUUGGUGCUGCUGUCCAAGGAAGCAUCUUGAGUGGAGAGGGUGGUGAAGAAACUAAAGAUCUCCUUCUCUUGGAUGUGGCUCCACUCACCCUUGGCAUUGAGACUGUUGGUGGGGUGAUGACCAAGUUGAUCCCAAGAAACACUGUCAUACCCACUAAGAAAUCCCAAGUUUUCACUACUUACCAGGAUCAACAGAGUACUGUGUCCAUUCAGGUUUUCGAAGGUGAAAGGAGUCUGACAAAGGAUUGUAGGAACCUUGGGAAAUUUGACCUGACUGGAAUUCCUCCAGCCCCAAGGGGGAUCCCUCAAAUUGAAGUCACAUUUGAGGUCGAUGCUAAUGGUAUCCUGAACGUCAAGGCCGAGGACAAAGGCACAGGCAAAUCUGAGAAGAUCACCAUUACAAAUGACAAGGGUCGCCUGAGCCAAGAGGAGAUUGACCGGAUGGUUCGGGAGGCAGAAGAAUUUGCAGAAGAAGACAAGAAGGUGAAGGAGAAGAUCGAUGCACGCAACAGCUUGGAGACCUAUGUGUACAACAUGAAGAACCAGAUUAAUGACAAGGACAAGCUUGCUGACAAGCUGGAGUCUGAGGAGAAGGACAAGAUCGAGACCGCUGUGAAGGAAGCCCUUGAAUGGCUUGAUGACAACCAGAGCGCCGAGAAAGAGGACUAUGAAGAGAAGCUCAAAGAAGUGGAAGCUGUAUGCAACCCAAUCGUCUCGGCAGUUUACCAAAGAUCAGGUGGAGCCCCAGGCGCUGGUGCGUCAGAUGGAGGAGAUGAUGAUGAACAUGAUGAGCUGUAGGAAGUAUUUUGACCUUCAUUGGUGGUGACGGAGAUUAAGAGGACAACAUAGAAGAAUAGGCAGGCGAGAUGAUGUUGCUGUAAUUUUUCCAAUGGUGGAAGGGAAAAUUUUCUCCCCUACCAAGUAUUUUUUUUUUCUUCAUUUUGGGUUUUUGAGGGGUGAAGAUACUUAAUAGGGAUCUUUUCUUGUUCCUACUCUGUAUGUUUUCUUGUCUUAAAACAAACCUUAAUUUCUAUUCCA